AUGCCUCCCUUGGGACCCUUGAGUACACCCCCAAGGAAAAGGAUUUGGUCAAAGUCCAUGACCAGUGCUUCAAGCUCAAGGCCAUCGGCACUUCGCAAGCCAAAGGGUACAGAGAGGGAAAGAUCUAGGUCUACAGCCACAGCUAAGAGUGACAGUACCUGUACGGCCAAAAGCUUGAAGACUGAGUUGAAAGAUGCUGUCGCUGAGAGGAAGUCGAGAAAAGUGAACCCAGAAGAGGCAUCGAUUAAGAAGGUGAAGAAAGACAAGAAGUUGAAAAAGAAACCGGGAAAGUGCAAGGAUGACCAGGAGAAGAGUAAGCAGAAGACCAAAGACCAGGAGAAGUGCAGAGACAAAAAGUGCAAAGACAAGAAAGUCAAGGAGCCGAAGCAGAAAGACAAGACAGGCAGAGAUGAGACACAGAGCAAGGUGAAAGAGACCACGAAGAACAAGAAGAAUCAAGACAAAAGUGGAGCAUCUGAGAAGUCGAAGAAAAACAAGGAUCCACCCAUCAAGUUCACUGAGGCCCAAAAGGCUAGCAUUGAACAUAUCUUCACCAUGCCUGAGAAGAAAGCAAAGAGAGAUGCCUCACCGCCCCCACCUGAUGCCAAGAUGUCAACGAAGGAGAAAGCCUUGCAGAAGUUCCAGGAACUCGCUGCACACCUGGCACCUUCAGAGCUGGGUGAAGAGGAUGACAGUUACUGCCCUGCAACAGACUUGGAAAACCUGAUGCUGCCAGGUGCCCAACAGGUGACGGAGAAGGACAGUGACUCAGACGAAGGGUCUGUCAGUGAAUCAGAAGGUCAGGAAGGAUCAGAAGAAGAAGAAGAAGACCAGACGGAUGCAGACCAAGAAGAGGGUGAGUCAAGUUCAGAAGACAGUGAAGACUUAGAUGGCGAAGAGCUCUCAGAGGAAGAGGACGAGGACGAUGAUGGAAGUGUCUCUAAGGGGACAGGGAAGACAGCGGAGGUGGAGGACAACCAAGAACAGAAGGCAGAGAAGGAGAAGGAAGAGAAGAAGCCAGAUAUCAGCCAGCACGCACUGGUCCCUGUUGUGAAGGAAUCACAGCACCAGGUGGCAGCGGUGCGCAAUUCCAUGACAAACAAAAGGGAGUGGGACGUGUUCAACCGUCAGGCCAAGUCAAGGAUGCCCAUAGCUUUGAACAGUAUGUUCAUCUCGCAGAAGCAGGACUUGUUUGGGCUAUGGCUUGACUCCCAGCAGGAUUGGCAGAAGUGUGCAUUGGAGGUGGAGCGCCGGCAGACUCAGGAGAACAUUUCGACACGAGGAUGGCGAGCUGAGCAGGGCAAGACUAUCAAACAGCGGUACUCACAGGAGAAAUACGAAGCCCUGUGCAAGACCAGAAUUUCCCAAGGGCUCUACUACGAGGACCCAGACUUCCCAGGAGAUCAAGAUGAACCGGAGGGUGCCAAGUUUGAGAGAAAGGAAACCACCGCUGAAAGUUCAAAGCUUUCAGCUUCCGUAGACGUGGACCCCGAACUUCGAGCUGCACUCACUGACGGCGAAUCGGGCCUCAUGCGAAGUGGUGCACUUCCACAGGUCACCACGGCGACGACUGCUGGAAACAAGGCACUCCUGGAUGCGAUUGACAAGGCCAUCCAUGGAUGGGGGGUGUUCUUUUGGGUUGGCUUACAGGUGCAAGCAGCACCCAAGCCAAAGGCUGCUUCAAAGCCUGAGAACAAGUCAGAGCCUGUGGAACCCCAGACAUGGACGCAGAAAGCAUCCAGCGUUUUGCCAACACUUUUGAAAGAUGCUGCUGAUGCACGUACUGCAUCAAUCAAGCUUCAGACCAUGGAGUAUGCCAAGGAGUUGAGUGGGCAACUCUUGGAUCAUGCCAAGAAGCUGGAGGAUCUUUACCAACAGUUGUCUACGGCUGUUUCCCAACAGGCUGAAGACAAGAAGCUGAGAAGCCUACUGAAGAAAGCUACUGAGUUGGAAGCAUUUGGUGCCAAAGCUCAGGCGCCUGCUGGGGCUCAUGUUUUAAAAGAUAUAAUUUUGGCAGCUGCUGAUGCCUUCUUGAAACCGUCGAAGAGCAAGAAGGGAAAGGGAAAGGCCAAAGCGAAAAAGGAGAAGAAGAAACGAAGGCGACUUGAAGAUUUGACAGAAUCGAAAACUGUGUCGAAGUUUGCCGACUUGAUUGGUAGAGGUCAGAUAUCCAUUUCAGCUGCAGCUGACAUUGCUAGGAGUGUAGUUCGAGACGAGGUGCACAAGCACAUCGCAGAACUGACUGCAUGGUCAAUGGAUUUUGCAGGCCAAGGCAAAUGGCCUCACAAUGGGUUCCGAGGGGAAGCAUUCAGUGCAGGGACAACUCGCUUCAAACAAAGGGGCAAAGAUUUGGCCAACGGGUGGAGGGCAUGCUAUGUAUCGUUCAAAGCAGAUCUGAAAGCUCGCCAUCAGAUGCAUAACUUGCAAAGGUGGUACAAAUGCAAUCUGUUUUGCGAUAGAUGCUUGGCAGUGCAGGGGGAUAGAUGCCCAACACCUAUGGACUACAGGAAUGUGGGUCCUACUGCGGCUUGGGGUAUGACGAACAUCAGCCAUGAAACUUACCAGGUUCUCGACAGGAGAUGGAUGUCCCCAUGGGAAAAAAUAGCUGGGUUCAAUUUCCUCACAAUCUCCCAUGACUGGCUGCAUCAUGUUUACCUCGGAACUGCCCGAGACUUGUGUGCCAGUGGUAUUCGGGUGCUGAUCCAACACGGUCGCUUUGCAGCCGAAGCGCAAGGUGCAACGGACAUGGAUGACAUCCUGGCGGGCGUUCACAAAAGCAUGCGUGAGACCUGCAAAAUGCAUGGGUUCUAUCUUCCGGUCAAGCCAUGCCUUACAUUGGCAAACAUUGGGGGGUCUGAUUCAUUUGCUGAAUUGGGGACACGGUUCAAAGCUUCCCACAUCAAAGUCAUGCUCUGGUGGCUUGCAUUGGAGACAACGGAGUUUGCAGAUCAGAACCCCGAGGACCCGGUUCUGAACAUGUUGGGAACCUGCUGCUACUCAAUGCAACGGGUUGUGGAGCUCAUGGACAAUUCAGGGCUGGUGUUUUCAGAGUCCGAAGCGACUGAAGCUAGUGAAUGCUUGAGAGUUCAUUUGAAAACAUACCUGUGGCUGGCAUCGUACCACUAUGAAAGACGCAUGUUGAUGUUCAAAACACGAUGCAAGACCCAUUACUUGUUUCACGUUGCCGAUGAAAUUGAGACAACACGUCUCAAUCCAUCCAUGUUCCAGAAUUUUGAUGAAGAGAGUUUCUUAGGAAAACUCAAACGUAUAGCCAUUCGAUGUCAUGGGGCAACAUGUAUCCAACGCCUUUUUUUGAGAUACCUCCUUUGCCUCGCAAUGUAUUUGCGGGAAUAUUCCAAAACGGAGACCCAAAUCGAAUGA